UCUGGGGACAGAGGCUGGAGGACAGCUGCAUGACUUUCUGUGUUAUUAUAUUUAUCAGUGUAGAAUAGAACGGAUUUUCUUUCCUUUAUACUUUAAUAUUUCCUUCGAGCAUUUAGUGGGACUUUGCAUUUCGCUGAAGAGCUUUUGCUUUUACUGAAUUAUGUGCAUGUUUUGGAGAUAUUUGACUUUAUAAUGUAUCGGAGACUUGAGCUCACACAUCAUCACCACCACUUCUGCUCCGUAGAAGUCAGCGUGUGAAGGCUGCAUGAGCCUUGACUGCACUUCAUUCAGUUUUAUGCAGCAUUCAUCACUUCUUCAUUGUCUUUAUUUCUUAUAAAUCUUUUGUUUUAAUGCAUGUGUGUGUGUGUGGCUGCAUAAUAUUAAUGUGCAUAACAUGAAAUACUGUUACAUUUUAAUUUGACAAAAAAAUGACACAAUGGAUUCAUGACUUUCCUUUUUAACUUGUCAAUUCCUUUUCAGGGAGCUAAUAAUUAUUAAUAAAUAAUAAUUAUUUGGCCUUUGCAACCUGAACUUAUGAAUUUAUUCAAAUGAGUGAAGUGGACACUGAGCGUCCGUUAAUCAGUCAAAUAUGUGCUGGUUCCAGCCUCCAGUCUGUGAGUUUGAAAUGUUUCUGGUUAAUUGUUAAUUGACUGUGGAGCUUCAAGAGUUUUUAUUGAGAGUAGACCAGUCAACAUCCAGAGCCAGUGAGUGGAGGAGCAGCUGAUAUUUUUACAGCAGAGAUGAUCUCAGUUGAUGUUCAGGUGAAUGAUUUGUGUUUCCUCUGCAGGUGAAGGUAGAACCUGUGUGUGAGCUGAUGAAUUCAGUGGCAUGGACCAGAGUGAGGACAGAGCAGACUCUCCUGGACCUGAACCUAAACCCAGCUGUGCAUCUGUGAAGAGCAAUGACGCCACUGAACGUAAAAGACAAAAGUUCUCCCCUCAGAACAGCUUUCAGAUCCACAGUCCUGACAGUGGGACCCCGAUGGACGACAGCACCCACACGUUAAAGGAGUGGCUGCUGAACACUUUGAUGGAUUUGAACACUGAGCAGAUGAAGCAUUUCAGAUGGCGGCUGCAGAAUGCGGAGGAGGCAAAGCAUGGGUUUAAACCUAUUAAAAUAUAUUAUCUGGAGAAAGCAGAUAUAUACCGCAUGGUGGAUCUGAUGGUGCAGAUGUACAGCACACAGACUAGAACGGUGGUCGAGAAGAUUUUAAAGGAAAUCCUCAGGAAUGAAGGAAAACCUCUGCCUCAGGACGUCGUUACUGCAGGUGCUCUUGACAGGUGUCGACGUAAACUUAAAUCUAGUCUGAAGGAGAAGUUCCAGUGUGUGUUUGAGGGAAUUGCUAAAGCUGGAAACUCAACCCUUCUGAAUGAGAUCUACACAGAGCUCUACAUCACAGAGGGAGGGACUGCAGAGGUCAAUGAUGGACAUGAGGUCAGACAGAUUGAAAUAGCAUCCAGGAAACUACACAGAUUAGAAACAACCAUCAGACAAGAAGACCUCUUUAAAGCCUCACCUGGAAGACAGAAACCAAUCAGAAGAGUGAUGACAAAGGGAGUGGCUGGCAUUGGGAAAACAGUCUUAACACAGAAGUUCACUCUGGACUGGGCUGAAGACAAAGCCAACCAGGAGAUCCUCUUCAUAUUUCCAUUGACUUUCAGAGAGCUGAAUGUGGUGAAAGAGAGAAAGUUCAGCUUGGUGGAACUUGUUCAUCACUUCUUCACUGAAACCAAAGAAGCAGGAAUCUGCAGCUUUGAAGAGUUCCAGGUUCUGUUCAUCUUUGACGGUCUGGAUGAGUGUCGACUUCCUCUGGACUUCCACAACACUGAGAUCCUGACUGAUGUUACAGAGUCCACCUCAGUGGAUGUGCUGCUGACAAACCUCAUCAGGGGGAAACUGCUUCCCUCUGCUCGCCUCUGGAUAACCACACGACCUGCAGCAGCCAAUCAGAUCCCUCCUGAGUGUGUUGACAUGGUGACAGAAGUCAGGGGGUUCACUGAGCCCCAGAAGGAGGAGUACUUCAGGAAGAGGUUCAGAGAUGAGGAGCAGGCCAGCAGGAUCAUCUCCCACAUCAAGACAUCACAAAGCCUCCACAUCAUGUGUCACAUCCCAGUCUUCUGCUGGAUCACUGCUACAGUUCUGGAGGAUGUGUUGGAAACCAGAGAGGGAGGAGAGCUGCCCAAGACCCUGACUGAGAUGUACAUCCACUUCCUGGUGGUUCAGGCCAAAGUCAAGAAGGUCAAGUAUGAUGGAGGAGCCGAGACAGAUCCACACUGGAGUCCAGAGACCAGGGAGAUGAUUGAGUCUCUGGGAAAACUGGCUUUUGAUCAGCUGCAGAAAGGAAACCUGAUCUUCUAUGAAUCAGACCUGACAGAGUGUGGCAUCGAUAUCACAGCAGCCUCAGUGUACUCAGGAGUGUUGACACAGAUCUUUAAAGAGGAGAGAGGCCUGUACCAGGACAAGGUGUUCUGCUUCGUCCAUCUGAGCGUUCAGGAGUUUCUGGCUGCUCUUCAUGUCCAUCUGAGCUUCAUCAACUCUGAUGUCAACCUGAUGGAAGAGCCAAGAUCCUGGUGGUCUAAACUAUUAAAAAGAAGAAUACAUCUACAUCAGAGUGCUGUGGACAAAGCCUUACAGAGUCCAAAUGGACAUCUGGACAUGUUCCUCCGCUUCCUCCUGGGUCUUUCACUGCAGACCAAUCAGACUCUUCUAAGAGACGUGCUGACAAAGACAGGAAGUAGCUCACAGACCAAUCAGGAAACAGUCCAGUACAUCAAGGAGAAGAUCAGUGAGAAUCUGUCUGCAGAGAGAAUCAUCAAUCUGUUCCACUGUCUGAAUGAAAUGAAUGAUGGUUCUCUAGUGGGGGAGAUCCAACAGUCCCUGAGAUCAGGACGUCUCGCCACAGAUAAACUGUCUCCUGCCCAGUGGUCAGCUCUGGGCUUCAUCUUACUGUCAUCAGGAGAAGAUCUGGAUGAGUUCAACCUGAAGAAAUACUCUGCUUCAGAAGAGGUUCUCCUGAGGCUGCUGCCAGUGGUCAAAGCCUCCAACAAAGCUCAACUGAGUGACUGUAACCUCUCAGAGAGAAGCUGUGAAGCUCUGUCCUCAGUUCUCAGCUCCAAGUCCUCUAAUCUGACCGAGCUGGACCUGAAUGAAAACAGCCUCCAGGAUUCAGGAGAUUCAGGAGUGAAGCAGCUGUGUGGUUUUCUGGAGAGUCCAGACUGUAGACUGGAGACUCUGAGGUUGAUUCGCUGUGAUUUGACAGGGAUCAGCUUUGAUUGUCUGGGCUCAGCUCUGAAGUCCAACCCGUCCCAUCUGACGGAGCUGGACCUGAGUUACAAUAAAGAGCUGAAGGAUUCAGGAGUGAAGCAGCUGUGUCGAUUUCUAGAGAGUCCAGACUGUAGACUGGAGAAUCUGGGUUUGAGUUCCUGCGGUUUGUCAGAGAUCAGCUGUGAUUCUCUGGUCUCAGCUCUGAAGUCCAACCCCUCCCAUCUGAAAAGUCUGGACCUGAGUUACAACAAGCUGCAGGGUCCAGGAGUGAAGCAGCUGCGUGAUCUUGUGAAGAGUCCACUCUAUAAACUGGAGACUCUGAGCGACUGGUGACCAUCUCCUCCGAGGUGAGAGUGAACAGGAUGAGCUGUGUCCUGAUGGUCCUGAGAGGUUGAAGCAGACUGUGCCUGGACCAUGUUACUGGGAGGUGGAGAGGAGACCUUCAUCCACAUGGUCUCCAUUUAUGACCAUCAACAGAGCUGCAUGUGAACUCUUCACAGAGCUCCAACAGAUCCAGUCCCUCAUGAAUGAUUCAGACACGUCCAUCAACAACACUCGAGCAUCAACAGUUCUUCCUGCUGGUUUCCAGUGUUCACACCAUUUAUCUUUGUUAAUGAAGACUUCGUGGUUUCCAGAACAAAGUUUGAAGCUGAAGACAAUUUUUUGAAUGUAUUUUAGUGUAUAUAUGUUUUAGUAUAUUUCAUGUUUAGCAUUUUUUCAUUUAUUUCCCUGUAAUAUUUAAUAUAUUUAGUAUUUCGUACACCAGAAACGUAUACAGUAACUAUUGUAUUUAUUUUUUCUAAACCUUAAACUAUGCAAUGAUGCUGCACUGUGGAAUAAAUCUGUACAGCCUGGUACAAAAAC